GUAUUUGGAGAUGGUUACGAGUGUGGAGGGGGAUGGGGAGGAGGAGGGAGAGGUGUAUGUGGGUAAUACGGUGACGAAUCAGUGGUUGUUUGAGAGUUUGAGGGAGCAGAAGGGGGAGGUGAGACUUGAGACUUUGUUAUCGUAUGCAAGGUACUUUGGCGCGACGUGUCGUUCGGAUUACUUCUAUGCUGUGCGCGGGAUGUGGAAUCCUUCUUCUGCUCUCCUGAAAGAGCUCAGGGAAUCGAUCAAGCCCGAUUACAAAGUCCCAGUCGAGGACGUAUUUACGGCUGCUACGUACGCUAGUAUCGUCGAAGCGGGGGAUCUGAAUAUCCUUUGUUUGGUGGAGGAUUAUUCGUUAAGGGAAGCGUCGGGGAUAGAGGAGAAGAUGAAUCUCCCGUCUUGGGUUCCAGAUUGGAGUAUAACGCCUAUCGCGGAUCCGCUGGCUAUGAACCCGCGUCCGGAGAAGGGGGAGGAGCGUUGGACUGCUGGAAGAUCUCUCCCCUAUAGCACUCCUCUUGCGCCCAUUGACGGCCAUCUGGGUGUAACGGGGGUGGAAGUCUCAAUUAUAACUUCUACAGCAGAAGACAAUGAGAUUUUCGGAUUACUGGAAUUCCUCUCCCUCCUUUCAUCUAAUCCGACCCAGGCAGAAAAAAUCAUAGAAUCUUUCUGGCGCACAAUAAUCAAAGAUACAUACCGCGAUCAACCGGCCUCUGAGUCCGCUAGGAGGGCAUUCAAAGGCUAUCUCUCUGCUCGCGUUUAUGAACUUGGAGAAGAGACUGAAGGAAUAGAAGAGCUUCUCAAUGAAAUUUCGGUGAGAGAUAAAAGUGGAACGAUGCCGAGCUGGGAGGAGGUAAGCGAGGUUAUCGAGAAAGAAAAGGGGGAUAGGGAGUUCAAGGGUGUGAAUGAGGAGGAGAGGUUCUUUGGGGAGAGUGUUAGGGUUGCGUGUGUGGGACGGACGAUGUUUUGGACCGGCGGAGAAGAAGUUGGUGAGUUGGGGUUGGGCCCUUUGGAGACGAAUGUUGGGGAUAGGGUUUGGGUUUUGGCUGGGAUGGAUGUACCGGUCGUUUUGAGGAAAGUGGAAGAAGGGUGGCGGUUCAUUGGCGAAUGCUUUUUGGGGAGUCUUGUGGAGGGUAUCGGGGGAAGGAGAGGGGAAGUGAAGGAUGCUGUAUUGGUGUGACAAAGAGGGACAUGGGAUGGAGAAAAGCAGGUACAAGUGGAAUCGGACAGGGGAACGAGGUUGUUUUAUUUAUAAUGCCAAGAGCUGACAGCCUUUGUACUUAAGAUAACGCUCAAAGCGGACUAGUGUUCUAAUGCGUGCUAGGAUCGCGUUUUUGGUUAUGGACUUUGAGUAGGCAAAGUAUUUGGAUACUCAUGUUAAAUAUCAUCUCAUCUCGAAAGUCUGGCUAGAAAAGAGAGUUCUUGCUGAUGUGAGGUGGCCAUUCAGGACCGGAGAUUGAUCACUUAGCGAAGUACGUGCAACAGACGACAUCUUCGGAGAGAGAUGCUGUGAAGGUCUGUUCAAAAAUUACUCAACUAUGCAAAAUCUCAAGGUUUCUUCGUCCCCCCACUC